AUGGUUGCGUGUUAUGGGCUGCGACUACGAGGCCCCACGGCCGCCUUCUUUUAUGCUCUACCACGCGUGCUUCUGAUCGUAUCCGCGGUUUGCUUGCUAUGGCGGAUCGUGGAGGAACCCACCGACUGCUCGCUGCUUCCAGCCGUGCGCCUGCAGGGGGCCUGCGGGUACUCAGAUGUUGAGUUAAAGCGUAUCCUAGCCAUGGAGCAUGGCUACACUCGUGGCUCGCCGCGAUACUAUUUUCUGGGAAGGUGGAUGCAUUACAUCACACUCAAUUACGAGCUCACCAUGGCCAAACCAAAUCCAAAAAAGGACAACCUAGCUGUGCCGCCAUGCGUGCUAGUGAGCGUGGAGGGCGAGGUGCCAUGCCUGACAGGCACGAGCUGCAUCAUUCCCUUCUACCUGCGCCCACACACGUCUGACAGCAUGGUGCUGCGCGUGCACUUUGAGAACUCCCCCACGCCCUUCUCAGUGCUCCGCCGGGAGACCAAGCAGAAGCGGUUCACUGCGGUGCUGGACGGUGGAGCUAACAUUGGCAUCACGACCACGGUUCUCGCCCUCAUGUUCCCGCAUGCGCGCAUAGUGGCAGUGGAGUCAUCAGAGGAGAACUACCGCAUGCUCAGACUCAACACCUUCGCCCUGCCCAAUGUCGUCGCCUUUCGUGCUGCACUCUGGAACAGACUUAAUGAGCCCCUGUCAGUGCACAUGGACCCGCGCAGCCACGGGUACUGGACCCUAAUGACAUCCCUGCCAGGCCAGGAGAGGGGACUGAAGCAGUACGGCAUCGCGCACACAGUCACCGUGCCGUGGCUCAUAGAGGUCACGGGCGUGCCGGGCUUUGAUCUUGUCAAGCUGGACGUGGAGGGGAGCGAGCGCGAGGUGUUCACGCCUGUAGAAGGGUGCGUGGGGAGUGGGGAGAACGGGGGGAGGGUGGGGGAAGGGGUGUCUGCGCUUUGGAAGGGAGGGGGGAGGGAAGAGGUGUUUUGGAUUUUCAAGGGAGGCAGGUCCGGGCGGGACCCAGGCUACGCGCUCUCCUGGUUGAACCACGUGCAGAUGGCCCUCAUUGCCACACACGAGGGGCUGCGGCUGGUCUCAAUCACAUCCCACACACUCCCAGCCCGUGUCCCCCUCUCCACUCCCUGCCGACUCUCCCCUGCCGUCCUUCCCCUCCCCAGCUCGGGCCGGGACCCAGGCGCUGAACCACGCUACACGCUGUCCUGGCUGAACCACGUGCAGAUGGCUCUCAUUGCCACACACGAGGGGCUGCGGCGCGGGGGGCAGGAGGCGGUGCGGCAGGCGUUUGACCUCGGACGCUUUUCCCUGGAGCUGGGGGGCUCGCACUAUGUGUACCGCAGCAAGGACGUGUUUGAUGAUGACAUGGUGGGUGGGGAUGGGGGUGCAGGUGUCAGUGUUGCUUUGUUAGGUACCAUAACAGCAGCUUUGUUAGCAUCGCACUCUGCCCCAGCUGUCCGUGACACAGCAGCUGUUGCUGGUGGUAUGGUCUGCUGCCCCAUCAUUUCCCUAACCUCUCCCAACCCAUACCUACCGUAUUCCAGUAAGAUCAAUCUGCGCAUGUUCAUGUCUUUGUUGUUUCUGCAAUGCUCUCUCACCCUCUCCUGUCCUCUCACCCUCUCCUGCCCUCUCACCCUCUCCUGUCGUCUCUCCCACUCAUGCCCUCUCACCCUCUCCUCUCCUCUCACCCUCUCCUGUCCUUUCACCCUCUCCUGCCCUCUCACCCUCUCCUGUCGUCUCUCCCACUCAUGCCCUCUCACCCUCUCCUCUCCGCUCACCCUCUCCUGUCCUCUCACCCUCUCCUGCCCUCUCACCCUCUCCUGCCGUCUCACCCUCUCCUGUCCUCUCACCCUCACCUGCCAUCCUCACCGCGUGCAGAGGGAGCAAGCGUUUGCGGCGCUCAAGAGCAUGGCAGGGCAGCCAGCAGAGGGAGCGGAGGAGGGCGAUGCAGGGGCAGAUGCUGGUGCUGAUGGUUGA